UCCUGCUCUUAUUUGCGCUCGGCCUCUGAAGUCAUCUUUACUGCAGGGAGGAGCGUGCGCGAGCAUCUGUCUCUAGUGCGUUCAAAUUCAACUAUACACAGCACUUUGCUGACUUUAACUCGGCUAUUCAUGGCUAAAAGCCUUUAUGAUUCCAGCAAAAUAACAAUGCGCCUCAGAGGAGAUAAGCAAGGAAGCACUGAUAGCUGCUGACGGGUAAAUACACCGAGUCCCCGUGAUUACAGCAUCCGGAACUGGCCGCAUCGGUGUUAUGCGCCAAGAAGAUGGUCAAUAAAGCUAACGGAGAGAGGCUGUGAGUCACCUUUGAGACAGGUUUCUCUGGUCAUGUUGUUUGCCAGUGGUGAGAGCAGAACGUGAGGAAAGACAGAGAGAGAGCGAGAGAGCACGAGGGCUUCCUUUGUCAUCAUGUCACACCACCAUUUGCGAGGUCACCAGGGUCGUGCUGCAAGUAUGGAGGAGAGGAGUGCCACGCCUGUGCAUAAGAGCUCCACCCCUACACACAAGAGUGCCUCCUCUUCCUCCUCCUCACAGAGAGACAGCAGACAGGAGGCAGAUAGCUGGGAGAUCAUCGAGGGGUUGAAGAUUGGCCAGACGAAUGUCCAGAGACCCGAUAAACAUGAGGGUUUUAUGCUGAAGAAGAGGAAAUGGCCAUUAAAGGGCUGGCACAAGAGAUUCUUUGUUCUGGAUAAUGGGAUCUUGAAGUACUCCAAGUCCCCCAUAGAUAUUCAGAAAGGAAAGCUGCAUGGCAGUAUAGAUGUCGGCCUGUCUGUCAUGUCCAUAAAGAAAAGAGCCCGGCGCAUAGACCUGGAUACAGAGGAGCACAUUUACCAUCUCAAGGUGAAGUCUCCGGAUGUGUUUGAUGCCUGGGUGUGUAAGCUGCGUCACCACCGUCUGUACAGACAGAAUGAGAUUGUGCGUUCGCCUCGUGAUGCCAGCUUGCGUACCUUCCCUCCUCCUGCCAGCAUAGACUCACCCCAGACAACCCCUGCUUCUGCUCAUGAACCGAAGCAGCAGGUGAAGCCCAGCUCUUUGCCCUGGCAGCCAUCUGUGCCCUGCACCACCAGCCUGCCUCCGUCCUACAGCAAUGGCCAGAGCAAAGUGGCAGCAUGGCUACAGGAGUCAGAGGAGAUGGACAAAUGUGCCGAGGAACUUGCCCACUGUCAGUCUAGUUUGAUGGAGCUGAGUCGGUUACUGCAAAGUUUGGAGAUCUUACAGAGAACACAGUCAGCACCGAGCUUCACAGAUAUGCAGAGUAAUUGUGUAGAUUUAUCAAAGAAAGACAAGCGAGUCAGCAGAAGAUGGAGAACAAAAAGUGUCAGCAAAGACACAAAAGUGCAACUGCAGGUACCGCUGAGCACAAGUAUGUCACAAAUGCGUCUUCAUGCCUCCAACCCGAAUCUAUGCGCAGAGCUGGUUGAUUACCAAACCCCAGUCACCCGUCUGACUGAUGGCAUUGAGUGUGCCAGUGAUUACAUCAAACUGCAAGAGGACUUCUGCAUUAUCGCUCAGAAAGUGCACUCACUGCUGAAGUCUGCCUUCAACACUGUUGCCAUUGAGAAGGAGAAGAUCAAGCAGGUGCUGACAGAGCAGGAGCUCUCCAGCCAAUCAGCUCAGAUCAUGACCCUAAGACACUCUCUAUCACAGGCACUGUCCCAGAACGCAGAGCUGAAGACUCGACUGAAUCGUAUCCACUCAGAGUCUGUGCUGUCAGAGCAGGUGGUCAGUGUUAACAUCAUCAGCAGUCCUGAUGAGGCAAAUGAACAGCUCCAUGUAGGGAUACCUCUCACUCAGCAGGCCUCCAAUGAGAGCAGACUCUCCAUGUCAGAAUCCGUCUCUGAGUUCUUUGAUGCUCAGGAAGUGCUGCUUUCUGCCAGCUCGUCUGAGAACGAGGGCUCUGAUGAUGAGUCUUACGUCAGUGAUGUGAGUGAUAACAUUUCAGAGGACAACGCCAGCGUUACAGAUAACGUUUCCCGACAAAUGCCGAACGGAGAUGUGGCCGGGGGCGUGUUUCGAAAUGGGAGGCGUACAUGUCUGCCUGCUCCGUCUCCUGACAUCUCUAACAUUAACCUGUGGAAUAUCCUAAGGAACAACAUCGGUAAAGACCUGUCCAAGGUGGCCAUGCCUGUGGAGCUGAAUGAGCCUCUUAACACUCUGCAGCACAUGUGUGAGGAGCUGGAGUACACCGAGCUGCUAGACAAAGCAGCUGAGACUGAUGACAUCUAUGAACGCAUGGCGCUGGUAGCUGCGUUUGCUGUCUCAGCGUACUCCUCCACAUACUACCGCGCAGGCAGUAAGCCCUUUAACCCCAUCCUGGGAGAGACGUACGAAUGUAUCCGAGAAGACAAGGGUUUCUGCUUCUUUUCUGAACAGGUUAGCCACCACCCCCCAGUCUCUGCCUGCCACUGUGAGUCCAAAAACUUCACCUUCUGGCAAGAUGUCAGAUGGAAGAAUAAGUUCUGGGGGAAGUCUAUGGAAAUCCUCCCCAUUGGCACUGUCAAUGUCAUGCUUCCCAGCUAUGGUGACCAUUAUGAGUGGAAUAAAGUGACCACAUGUGUGCACAACAUCCUGAGUGGUAGAAGGUGGAUCGAGCACUAUGGAGAGAUCACAAUCCGAAACACCAAGAGCAGUGCCUGCAUCUGUAAACUCACCUUCAUCAAGGGUAACUACUGGAGCUCCAAUGUGAAUGAGGUACAGGGCUUUGUGAUGGACCAAGAGGGGAAGGUGGUGCACAGGCUCUUUGGGAAAUGGCAUGAAGGUCUUUUCUGUGGUGUCCCACCCUCCGCUAAGUGUAUCUGGAGACCAGGCUCGAUGCCUACAGACUAUGAGCUCUACUACGGCUUUACCAGGUUUGCUAUUGAGCUGAAUGAGCUUUGUCCAGAAAUGAGGGAGCUGCUGCCACCUACAGAUGCUCGCUUUCGACCAGACCAGAGGUAUCUGGAGGAGGGGAAGGUGGAGUUAGCUGCAGCUGAGAAACAGAGGAUUGAGGAGCUUCAGCGGGCGAGGAGGAAGUGGCAUGAAGAAAACAACACCAAACAUCAGCCACGCUUUUUUAAGCAGGAGGUGCUACAGGAUAUGCAGGAGCAAGUGGGCAAGCUGACUGCACUGCUCCAGGAUGAACGCAGGUCACACCAUCAGAGCUACCAUGCGUUGUUGGAGGAAGCAGAACACAAGGCUAAAAUAUGCAGACAACGUCAUCAGCUCGAGAUGGAGCAGCUGAUGCAGGAUCACAGGUCUGAGCUGAGUAAAGUGGUGGCAGCUCACACUAGGACUCUAGAGAUUGAAAGGAAGAGUGCUGAGGAGAGAUACGCGCUGCUCAAAAAAGACUAUGAUUUCCUCAAAUGCUCCUUCAGACCUUACAAGGACAGUGUGUUUGAUGAUAACAACUGUUCGAAGACUAAGGAGGAACAGGAAAGGUGUCUGAAGAAACAACUCUUGUGGUUGAAGGAGCAGCUCAAUCAGACAGAGGCAGAGAGAGAGCUCCAAAGAAAGGCUUUUCAGUCAGAGAUUGCUGAACUUCAUUCCACUUUUAAAGCUGAUGUUGAGGGCUUAAAGAGUCAACUGAAAGAAAAAGACGUGACUAUCAACUUGCUGAGAGCAACUCUGCAUCAGAGUCAGGAGGAGCUUAACAUUAUGAUGUGCCGUCUCUCAGAACUUGGAAAAGGUUUUUAACAGCACCCUACCACCCAGAUACAUCAAUGACAAGGAGCAGAUCAACAGAUCAAGUGACCCUCAAGAUUAUACACAGUUUCACUUAAACACUUGUGAAUUAUGAUACACUUCAGCCUCUAUGUGGAAAUCCAUACAACAUGCAAAUACCAAUGUGAUACUGUGAGCCAAAUUAAAUUAAAAAAAUGACUGAAGACAAUCUAGUUUUAUUCUUUUAACAAUGACAGGUUGGUACACCAGCAGAAAAUGGAUACAACCAGAACCCAGUGCUCAAUGCCAAACCGAGUUUAAAUGCAUGCAACACUUUACUGUUUCAAUAUAUAUGGACUUUAUAGUAGUGGUACUUUUCAGUUUAAUUUCUUGUCAAAUUUUGACAAGAAUUUACCAAAAUUCUAUGAAAAGGUUCAGACAUGAUUUCCCAUAAUAAUAUUUUUUAAUUGAAUCAUUCAUUCGUUCAUCUUCAGUAAAAAUGUUAUCCUGAAAUGGGGAGAACAUGCAAAACUCCACACAAAAACAGUAACUUGAUCUCAGCCAUAGAAUUAGAAUGUGUUUAAUUCAUUUUCAACACCAAAUCUAAUAUAACGGAAACGGAAGGAAAAGAAGUGGAAAGUAAUAAUUAUAAAAAUAAGAAGACAUUUACAUUUAAACUUUACAAGAGGUAUCUUUAAAGUAGUUUACCUGGUCUAAACAGAUCAAUUUAACACAAGAAUCUGCUAUGUAUAACAUAAUUUCUAUGAUGAAAUGUUUCACAUGUAUUCUCACAUAUUGCUUUACCCCGGGAACCUUUAUCAGGUCUGCCUGUAUUCAAAUGAAAAUCAAUAUAAGAAGCAUAAACCCAGUGGAUGUUGGGUGACAGCAUUAGAAGGCACACAGGUUAAAAAUACAACAGUCUUUCAGUAUGAUGUUUACUGACAGUUACUGAACUUGGCAGAAAUACACUGUAUGUACCCAAUAUAUAUAUUUGUAAAAUGUUUUACAGCAUUCUCCAUAGAAACAUAGAAAUAGCAAACAUAUAAAGAAUCAUCUUGUUACAUUUGUAAUAUUCUUAAACCCCUAAUUUAAUUGGGUCAUAUUGUCAUAUUUAAUAACAGGAUAUCAAAUGUAAUGUAAUGUAGUAGAAAGUAAACUGAAAGUGGUUCCAGUAUGGCGCAUGUCUACUGAUUUUAUUUCUUUCAUACUGGAUAACUUUGGCAGUUUUUAAAUACAGUUCAUAAAGGUUUUGCGGAAGACAAUAUGAUCAAUUUACUACCACACAUAGCAAUCCAGAUGAAAUUUCAGCUAAAUGAUAAUUAGGAAGGCAGAGGGGUUUUUGGUAUAGGGAAUAUUACUCUCUUAGUCAGUGUAAAUUCUGGCUGUGGCAUCUGUUUCCUGGUUCCAUUUUUGUCGGCUUUCCUGCUCACGUCUUUGUUUACCUCAGUCAGGAUGGACAGCAGAUCAAUACCACUACAUACAGAAAAUAGUAGGGUUAGUAAUUAGUUUUAUAUAUAUAUAUAUAUAUAUAUAUAAAAUCACAAA